AUGAAAGGGUCUACUGGGCAGCUGCUUAGAGCAAUCAGCUGUACUAGCUUCAUCUUCUUCGCAGUCCAAAUGGCUUUUCAAAUUGCAUUCUACUACCUGCCACCUAACGAUUUCUUAUGGGAGGAAGUGCUGAGCCACAUUGGUUUUCUACGGUUUAGCCGUCUCAGUGCUGGAAACAUCAUACGUCUUUUGUCCCCUGAUGUUGGAAUAUUUGUUAUAAGCCUCACAGUCACACAGCUUUGCAAAAAGAUGGUGAAACACCAGAAGCAGAAACUGCAACAUCAUUCCAGAAGCCAAGAUCUUUUCUGUUAUGAUCAGGAAAGAGACAUGGUGGUGGGAGAUGAAGAAGAGGUGGAAGAAGAAUGGGAGGAGGAAGAGGAGGAAGAGGAAUUUGAAACAGAAACGGAAGACUCUGAGGGUGAAGAAAUUAAUGGAUCACUUGGAAAAGACAAUCUGAGAAACAGCCAGCCAGGCUUCUUUCAGAAAAUCACAUUGUUCCUAGUUGGCUUGAAGAUCCUCUGUGAAAGUCUAUUCAAUGCUGCUGGCAAAGUGGUGGCUGUGCUUCUGCUGGGACUAGCAGGUAUUAUCCAACCUUCUGCGACAUCUGCCGUCUAUUUCUCCAUCUUCAUGGGUUUAUGUUCCUGGUGGUCUUGCCAUCGCCCAAUCAGCCCAGUUGCCUUUAACAGUUUGUGUGUUUUGGUUGCAGUAUUCAGUGCCGGACACUUGACUUCUCUUUAUCUGUACCAGCUGCCUUAUGUUCAGUACCUUGUUCCCCCUGAGGAUAUUUACGUCAGAGUCUUGGGCUUUGUACCACUCCUCAAGACAAAUGUAACAGUGCCUUGGAAGCUUCAAGUCCAUUCCCAACUAAACUGGCCACCAGCUUUGAAUCCUUUUGCACUUCUUGCUCUGUACUAUACACUGGUCACAUUGCUCCAGCAGUGGGCACUGCCUGCUAAGGAAAGAAAGGAAGAGGCCAACCAGAUGCAAACCGAUGAGUACAUAGAAGUGAAAAUGGGUAGUGAACUCUGGGUGACUUCAAAUGAAACUGACAAGGUAAGGCACUUUGUCAUGGGCAUCUGAUGUGUCAUGCAAGUUACUUGUGAUGAUCAGUACAGCAUGUUCAUGGAAUGACUUGUAUUCAAGGAUACAAGGACAUCUCUGAAAUCUCUGGGAUGGGAUGACCACUUGAA